AUGUCGCGGACGCAGAAGCAAGUCACCCACUGUUCCGUGGACGAAUCUGACUUUCAGUGCUCGGACAAUUUCUUGUUAACUUACUUUGGAGACUGGAACGUCUCGCCAAAGAACCCUAAUGGCAUGCACGAAUAUCCGCGUCCCGCGUAUGGGGCCAAGAACAAGACAGCGGAGGAGACGGAGGCUGGGGCCGACAUCUCCAAGCGCAAGACACUGCAGCCACGAUCUAUGUCAUUUCGCUCGCCUCGGUCGUUUUGGUCAUCCGGAAGCACACACUCGUCCGGGAGUCCUCCAAUGCUUCCGGUCCUGAUGGACCUCGGUCCAGAACAAGGCGGAGAUGGCACCGUGCACCAUCCUGCCUACGAUCCGGACCGCGUCUCAUCUGCCGGCGUCUCCCUCGACUCCGUGGCACGGCACGAGCUCGAAAUCGCAGAUGCGCUUCACCGCGCCGAGCCCACCGUCGUGGACAACACCUCGGUCGACUUAACGCGCGCGCCGUCAUCCAUCUUGGGACUGAUCACGGCCGCUACUGCUAACGCCAGCGCUCAGGGUUGGUGGCCGGAGGACCUCUCUGUGGUGCGCGCGUUGGAUCCCAUCUCCUUCUCGAGCCUGCCGCUCACGGCGGGCGCGCAUCGCCCGCAGAGCCAGCUGGAGCAGCUGUCGACCAGCCAGUCGUUCUUUGGGGACAUGCGGCGUCUGCAGCCGGAUGGGAUGUCGCGUGGGCAAUUCCGGCACAUGACUUCGUCGGGCACGGAUGUGGCGGCAGAGAUGGUGCCUCAGCUCCUCAGCUGCGGUUGGGGACUGUGGAGGAGAGUGAUGAGGAGGCGGAGGAGAAUGGGGAUGGAGAGGGCAUGA